AUGUUCUGCACCUCUCUUAGGAAGCGACGGGAAUGGGCCCCGGCCGUCGCCCAGCUCACAACGCGCUCUUGGACAGAGACGAAGCUCGAGACGCACGACGUCGGCUUUUUGACGCGCCUGCACCAAGGCCGCGACCGAUGCUUCCGGCUCCUGCUCUUCUCCGCUGCUCAGGUUGGCACGUCGCAGGCCAACGAGCGCAUCGAGAGGCUUCCUCUCCUCGACGGCGGAGGCAAGACGGCGAUCGUUUUCCUCGUCGCCAGUCAGGACGAUAUGGCAGCUUUCAUGACGCUGCAGAUGCAGAUGCUGCCGAGCCGCGACAACUGCAUCCCCCUCAUCCCCGUCUCGUCGGCCGCUGAGCUGCCAUCCUGCCUCGAAUCGCUGAGACGCCAGUGUGCUGCCGCCGCCGACGCGCAGCAGGCUCACGAACAAGCGGCAACGAGCACCCAGAGACAUCUCCUGGCGCAUUGCACGGGGGUCGGUGCCCCCCUGGGCGAGGGCCAGACCAACGUCCUCUCCGACAUUUGCACCGGGUUCGGCCACCUGGCGCAGCACGCGCUCGACCCCGACGGGCAGGACGAGCUUUGCUACUUUCUGGGGCAUGCAGAUGGCCAAAGAGUGACGGCCUUUCUCACGGCCGGGCCCGUUGCUCGCCUUGGUUGA